GAAGGGCUGCUGUUUCCAGGAUGAAGAGAGUCCAAAUAUGUCUCUUGAGACACUUCUUUCUUUGGAUAGCUGGAGAUAAAAACAGACAGCUCCAUGUUGUGCUACUCAUUGUUGGACAGUCUCCUCCAGAGAACUACAGGGCUUAGCCAUUGGGAUCCACUAGCAAGGCCCUGCUGCCCACAACUAGAAUCUGGCCAGAUGGAUUCCAACAAGCUAGAGCAGGAACUACAGUGGAUGAAGCUGGUCUGGGAGGAGGAGGAGGCCCCAGCAGAAAAGACAGAAAGACCGCUUACAUCUCAGGGCUGGAGUACUCUGUUCCAGACAGUGUGGUGGGGUGCUCCCAGCCUGGUGAUGCAGCUGCUGAGGCAAGGUGCCAAUGUGGAGGAGAGGGAUCACACAGGUAGGACUCCGCUCCAUCUGGCUGUAAUGCGAGGGCACGCACCACUGGUUCGCCUACUGUUGCAGCGUGGGGCCCUGGUAGGUGCAGUUGACCACACGGGGCGCACACCAUUGCACGAGGCUGCCUGGCAUGGGCACUCGAACGUGGCAGAACUAUUGCUGCGACGUGGGGCCUCAGCAUCUGCAUGCUCUCAAACGGGUCUCACGCCCCUGCACGGGGCAGCUGCUCUGGGCCGCACGCUACUGGUUACAUGCCUCAUGGCGGCACCAGGUUCAGGCCCUGAUGUGAAAGAUAUAAGAGGUUGGACUGCCACACACUGGGCAGCGGCUUGUGGGCAACUGCCGGUGCUGGAGCUGCUGACUGCUGGAGGCAGCGUAGACCUGGAUGGCGCUCUUCUGGUAUCGGCAAUAGCUGGAAGUGCGUCAGCGUUGCGGCUUCUCCUGACACUGGGGGCAAAUGUGGACACCCUGGACAGUACGGGAGCCACUGCACUUGGCCUGGCAGCUGGCUUAGGCCACCACCAAGACAUUGAGGUGCUGCUGGGCCAUGGGGCAGACCCAAAUAUCAGGGACAGGAACAACCGCUCUGCACUCCACAGGGCUGCUACUGGUGGAUAUCUAUGUGUUACACAGCUGCUGGUGGCUAAGGGCAUUGAAGUAGAUGCUCGAGACUCGCUGGGCCUCACACCUCUGCACUAUGCUGCUCGGGAAGGCCAUGUAGAAGUUGUCAGCCAUCUCCUGGACAGUGGUGCACAAGUCAAUGCAGCUGGCUGGCUCCACAAGACUCCUCUGCACCUUGCUGUGGAGUGUAGCCAGAGCACCACUAUGGAGCUUUUGCUGAGCCGAGGAGCCAACUCUACCUUGAUGACACAGUGGGGUGAAAUGGCCCUGAUUCCAUAGGGUGUCUGCCCCAGGCACUGCCUGGUUCCCUGUACUAACCAAUCUUCUUAGAAACUACAGAAAGAUAAGAAACGUAGGGCUGUACUUCUAACAAAAUUAAGUGUUUGGUUAUAGAGAAUAUUUUUUUGUUAAGAUUUAUUUACAAAGAAUGCUACGAAUUAUAUCUUGUUUACCUAACAAAAGGAUUAUAAUUCUGCCAGGCAGGUAAGAUAACAAUGGUUAACAACUUAAAAAACAAACAGGGUUAUUUUGAAAUAACUGUGACAAUAUUUCUUUGCUGUGUAAAUCUCCCAUCUGUUCAAAAUGGUCACAUUCGCAGUUUCUGGCUCUGUAAAACAUGUUUAAAUGCUUAAAAUGUAAGUUGGUGCUGGAACCUAAAUGAGAGUUACAGAUGACAGUGUACAUGGAAUGUUAUAGCUCAAAAUCUACAUAAGUUGCAAAGAAUUUCUGUUCAGGGGUGAGGUCUCUUUGGGUGUUAGUCAGAACCCCAUUAUUAAAGCCCCUGCCCCAUUAGUCCCUGAAUUCCUGAAGUAAAUUCAUGGUUGUUGGUAGUGGUGCAGUUAACCUGCUGGCUCACUGAGAGCCACAGUCCCUACCAUCCCUAAGUUUCCUUCUGUGAGG